CCCGCGUUCUGGAGAGUUCUGCGUGCGCGUGUUGUUUAGGAGGCGACGCCGCUGCACGCGCACACACUGUCCGACUGACAGACCGCGGCAGCAGCUACUGCACCAGAAGACAGGUUAUUAGCGAGGGCUCAGUCGAUAAAGCAGCCGAAUUGAACGCAGAAACCAUGUCCAAGGGACCAGCAGUUGGCAUUGACCUGGGCACUACCUACUCCUGUGUAGGAGUAUUUCAGCAUGGCAAGGUUGAGAUCAUUGCCAAUGACCAGGGAAACAGGACCACACCCAGUUAUGUGGCCUUCACAGACACUGAGAGGCUGAUCGGAGAUGCAGCCAAGAAUCAGGUGGCCUUGAACCCCAACAACACAGUAUUUGAUGCAAAGCGUCUAAUCGGACGUCGAUUUGAUGACAGUGUUGUCCAGUCAGACAUGAAACACUGGCCUUUCACAGUCAUUAAUGAUGCUUCACGCCCAAAGGUAAAGGUGGAAUACAAGGGAGAGACCAAGACCUUUUACCCAGAAGAGAUCUCUUCCAUGGUUCUCAUUAAGAUGAAGGAGAUUGCAGAGGCAUACCUUGGCAAGACAAUAACAAAUGCGGUUGUGACCGUGCCUGCCUACUUCAAUGACUCUCAACGCCAGGCCACCAAAGAUGCGGGAACCAUUUCUGGGCUGAAUGUCCUUCGUAUCAUUAACGAACCCACCGCAGCAGCUAUUGCUUAUGGCCUGGACAAAAAGGUUGGGUCUGAAAGAAACGUCCUUAUCUUUGACCUGGGUGGCGGCACUUUUGACGUCUCCAUCCUGACCAUUGAAGAUGGAAUCUUUGAGGUCAAGUCCACAGCAGGUGAUACACACUUGGGAGGCGAGGACUUUGAUAACCGCAUGGUAAACCACUUCAUCUCUGAGUUCAAGCGCAAAUACAAGAAGGACAUCAGUGACAAUAAGAGGGCCGUGCGCCGUCUGCGCACUGCAUGUGAGAGAGCCAAGCGCACCUUGUCGUCCAGCACGCAGGCCAGCAUUGAAAUCGAUUCCCUGUACGAGGGCAUCGAUUUUUAUACCUCGAUCACCAGGGCCAGGUUUGAGGAGUUGAACGCAGACCUGUUUCGAGGAACCCUUGAGCCUGUGGAAAAGGCACUUCGGGACGCCAAGAUGGACAAGAGCCAGGUCCAUGACAUUGUCCUGGUGGGAGGCUCUACUCGGAUUCCCAAGAUCCAGAAGCUGCUGCAGGAUUUCUUCAAUGGGAAGGAACUCAAUAAGAGCAUUAACCCAGAUGAGGCGGUUGCCUAUGGUGCAGCCGUGCAGGCAGCCAUCCUGGCAGGGGACAAAUCAGAGAACGUGCAGGACCUCUUGCUGCUUGAUGUGACCCCCUUGUCUCUGGGCAUCGAGACUGCUGGUGGAGUUAUGACCGUUCUAAUUAAGAGGAAUACUACAAUCCCCACAAAGCAGACUCAAACCUUUACAACCUAUUCAGACAACCAGCCUGGUGUGCUCAUUCAGGUGUUUGAAGGUGAAAGGGCCAUGACCAAAGACAACAACCUGCUGGGUAAAUUUGAACUGACUGGAAUUCCCCCUGCUCCCAGAGGGGUCCCUCAGAUUGAAGUGACCUUUGAUAUAGAUGCCAAUGGCAUCAUGAAUGUGUCUGCUGUGGAUAAGAGCACUGGGAAGGAGAACAAGAUCACAAUCACCAAUGACAAAGGUCGCUUGAGCAAAGAGGACAUUGAGCGCAUGGUGCAAGAAGCUGAAAAGUACAAGGCUGAGGAUGACGUGCAGAGAGACAAGGUGGCUGCCAAGAACGGCCUGGAGUCCUACGCCUUCAACAUGAAGUCGACCGUGGAGGAUGAGAAGCUGAAAGGCAAGAUCAGUGAUGAGGACAAACAGAAGAUUAUGGACAAGUGUAACGAAGUCAUCAACUGGCUGGACAGAAACCAGUCUGCAGAAAAAGAUGAGUUUGAGCAUCAGCAGAAGGAACUGGAGAAGGUGUGUAGCCCUAUCAUGACCAAGCUGUACCAAAGUGCUGGAGGAGGUGUGCCAGGGGGGAUGCCUGGUGGCUUCCCUGGAGCUGGUGGUGCUCCUGGAGGAGGAGCCUCCUCCGGCCCCACCAUUGAAGAGGUGGACUAAGCUGCAUGCUCAGGACUUCCUAGAGCAUCUCUUCUGUUCAAUGUGGUGUGAAGGGUGUUCGGAAUAUCAGUUAUCUCAAUCCUGUACUUGGCGCCAUUAACCACAACUGUCUUGGCUUGAAUUGAUUAAUUUAGUAUUUUCAAUGGCCAAAGGUUUUACUGUGGCUGUUUCUGUUUGUCACUUUGUUUACGCAUGUACAGCACUUUGCGUUUGGGUUUAGCAGUAUUUGCAUUAAUUACCAGUGUUUUUGUUGCAGGGGCCAAAUAAAUGCUACUGCUCUGCUCUUGCCAAUAAAAAUAUUUUCAAAUUCA